UGCGCUCCUUGCACGCUUCCGAGCCUUCUUGCUUUCCCUCGGCCUGGCCCUGCGUCGGAGCCGCUGCCUGCAUGGAGGCUACUCUGUUCUUGGAGAUUAGGGAGAGGAUGCAGAGCGGAUCGCUGAUUAUUCGUGAGUUACAUCCAGAAAGCUGGCCCGUGGAUAUUGCUGUGAUGCCUUCUUUAGUAGAGCUAAAAAGUGGUAAAGCUUGCAAAGCUUUCAGCCUUCCACCAGGGGUCGCGAUUGUGCCUUCCUCCUGUCGAGGGCUGCAGUAUCUGCCUGGGGAAGGCUUACAUCUGAGACUACUCGUUCAAGUAGAUUUCAGUGCAAAAUUGAUGCCAGCUGUUGGUGAUGGCCUGAAAUCCAAAAAGAGUUGUACUUUUUACUGCCAGUCUUGCGGGGAGAGUGUAAUUAAUAAUAGGACAUUUCUCCGAGUUCUUUCCCUUCCUUUUGAGAACUGGAAUGAUUUGGUCGAGGAAUGGUGUUGCCAUCCUAACCCUUUCAAUGACAGCCUGCUUCAUCCCCAGAAUGAUGACUGUUUUCUUGGGCACAAUUACCUCAUGAUUAAUUCAAGAAGUGAGUUAUCUGGGACAGAAUCUGGAAUCCUGUAUUCAGAAGAUGAAUGGGCUACAAGUUGUGAGUCUCCCUCGAAUUCACAGGCAAACAGUACAGUAAUUUGCAAACGCUGCAAGACAUUGUUGGGAGAAGCUAUGCCCUCAGGUGUCAUAAAAUACUAUUUCACAGAAUUACUUGUUCAGCCAUCUGAAGACAGUUUCCAUGUAAUACCAAGGUCUUCCUUUAUACGGAGUGUUAUAGCCCGGUGCUUCAUGGAACUCGCUUUUUCUAGAAGCACAUUUAGGUUCAGCAUCCAAGGAAUGGAUGGCACAGUAUAUAUCUUGAUCUGGAUAUUGAAUUGUGACACACUGAUGGUGGAAACUUCAGGAAACCCAGCUUCCAAUAAUGUUUUUACAUUACUUGAACCUGAGCUGUCAUCUUCAUUGAGGCCUGCUGAGAUUCAUAAGGCUGUUAAAGUUCUUUACCAUCCUUGCACUGAGAACAGAAAUAAGGAUCUCGUUGAUUCAUGGGGAGAGGAUAUUGGAGUCUCUUCUCUCACAUUUCCAUCAAAAACCUGUUUGGAACUUCUGUUGAUACUGUCCCAGAGUAAUGCUUCAUUGCCCCCUUCCCUUCGCUGGAUGAAUUCUUUCCAGGGAGGCCAAAUUGGAUACGAGCACAAGUCCUAUAACAGAGAAGAGAUGGAAUGUAUUCUCAUGAGUGGAGGCCCUUUAUUGGGAAGAAGAGAUUCUGCAGCCAAAAUCCCAGGACGUUUCUUUUUCAACAUGUAUCAGCCUGUCAGUUUCAACAGAAGUAGUCUGAAAUUUGGCAGAAGGCCGUCUGGCUAGUCCUUUCCGUCUAAAGCUCCAAAGACACGUGGUGCCAGCAGAACUCACAACUCUGAUUCCCGGUUGAACGCAGGUUGCAUUUCUGAAACUGUAACAGGACCUGUAAAGAAAAAAUCCUCCUAGGCUAACCUUUGUCUGUAAAGAAUUGUGGAAUGUAAGAACUCAAGUGGAGAUUAUCUUUCUCAAAGUGACACUGAUGAUCCUGAAUCAAAAAAGAAAGCUGUAUAUUUCAGCUGCUGUUUGUUGACUUUGGAGUCUUGAGAUAUUCAGAACAUUUGACAGAGGCAAGUUGUUCAAGCAUAGUUUUAAAGCAAGAGUUCAGAGAGUGAAUUAAUUUGAAAUGUCAGGAGUCUGAGAUCACUGUAACUAACACCCUACCAAUUCCCCAAGGAGAAGGCAAUUAUCUUCUGAAACAACAUCAGCUUUACAAAGAAGGCAUGAUAGCAGCUCCUUUGCCUUUUUUGAGGAAUAAAAACUAGCUGCCAGGAUUAUGUACUGGAUAUUUCGAUGUCCAAAUGGAAAAGUAAACUUCAACCCUUUAUGGUAAGCUCUGUUUUAGCUAUAAUACUUUUGAUAGCCCAUGCAAAGCUAAUGGGUUAAAACAAGGGUUCCUAGAUUAUGGGUUGGGAUUUCCCCUCACUGGAGAAUCUAAGCAACCUAGAGUGUCACAAUGCUGUAAAAAAUUUGUGAUGGGGCUUGUGCAGGUAAAGUGAGAGCACUGUCAAAACCUACUUUGGGCUUUGCUUUUCAUUUUGCUUGAGUGAGCCCAGAGGGAGCAGUUGCUGUACCACAAUGUUUAAAAAUCUCUGUGAUGUAUGAAGUAAAAUUGAAUUAUUAAAAGUGAUAGAUUUAUUCCUUGCGCAUUCUUAACCCCAGUGAAAUCAAUAAUUUGAUUUGAUGGGGGCAUUCACACAAAUUCAUUUAUCAUUUUAGGGGGUGACAAAUUUGGAGAGCCAUUGGAGUAGAGGCUGCUUUCCAUAUGCAUGUGCUCCAAACCAACUGAUUUCUCACCAUUUUAUGACUGAUACAAUUGUAAAGGGCUAUGUCUGAAUGAUAUGAAAAAGGUGGAGCUGGGAAAUGAUGUGGUGGACAUGCUCUGAUAUGCCCCAUUAGAAAAGAUGAAGUUUGUCCAAGAACAAAGGAGAUGAAGAAGAUGUCACUGGGAAUAUUUCGUCCUUAUAACUAGACAUGUCAUAAGAAGGAGUGGGAUGUUGUAGAGCCAUGCAAGCUGUGUGAUAAAUUUCUGAACAUCAUGUUAAUAAGCUUUUAAGAGUGCCCAAAGUGCUUUAGCCUAGCUAUGUGGCAGUACCCAGCCGACCUUGGCGGAAUUUGAAAGCUAAGUAGGGUUGACUUGGUUGUUACUUGGAUGGAAGACUAUCGGAAAAUCCCAGGACUUUGGCUAAAUUGAAUAGCCACAAACAAACUCAACAAACUAGAAAAAGGCAGUACCAAACCAUUUCCUACAUUGUUACCAAGAAAACUACAUGAAUUGUGUCAUGAAGAAGCCAGGAUUUGAACUCAACUUGAAGGAAAUUUACUUUUUAAAGUACCUUAGUAUUCCCCAUACCUCAGACCAAAUAUUAAGGCUAUUUUCCCCCCUUUUAGACAAUGGACAAUAUGAAUCCAUGUACAGUAUAUAAAAAGACUGUAUGAUAUAUUGUGUCUUGAAAUCACAUAAAUUAUAUUGCAGAGCAUAAGGCAGUAAGCCAUGCAGAUCUCAGGAGCACUUGAAUUCUUAGGCUUAGUUGCAAAGAUAGUGCCAAUGCGUUAUCAAAUGGAACAAUGAAAUGCCUUAUUGAACUCUCAUGAAAGUGGUAUAGAAUUGAUCCAUGCAAAUAUGCAAUGAUUUCGAGAAAUAAAAAUAUGCACCAUA